ACCAAAUUUCCAAAAGGUACUACUGCCCUGACGAGCUCUCGCUCUCUCUCUCUCAAAUUGGUUUGCUUCUUUCUCGCUCUUCCUCUGAUUUGUCCGUUGUCUUCAUUCUUGGGUGCUCAAGCCCUAAAAACCCACUUUGUUCUGGUCCUUACUCCUUAGUCCAUUGUUGAUAAAUUUUCUCGGCUUGAAUUUUCCCGGGAAAAUGAAGGAAAGUAUGGGAAACCCUCUGCAUCUCACAUCUCUGAACCACAUCUCCCUCGUCUGCAGAUCAGUUCAAGAAUCCAUUGAUUUCUACCAGAAUGUUCUCGGAUUUGUGCCCAUCAGGAGGCCUGGAUCGUUCGAUUUCGAUGGAGCAUGGCUAUUCAGCUACGGCAUGGGAAUCCAUCUGCUGCAAUCGGAACACCCAGAAACAAUGCCAAAGAAAAGCGGAAUCAAUCCCAAGGACAAUCAUAUAUCGUUCCAGUGUGAGAACAUGGGGGCAGUGGAGAAGAAGCUGAAGGAGAUGGGGAUACAUCACGUGAGGGCGCGGGUGGAGGAAGGAGGGGUGUACGUGGACCAGCUGUUCUUCCACGACCCCGACGGUUUCAUGAUCGAGAUCUGCAACUGCGACAACCUCCCCGUUGUCCCGCUCGCCGGAGGCGUCGCCCGCUCCUGCUCCCGCCUCAACCUCAGCAUCAUGCAGCAGCAGCAGCCGCAGCAGUCGCAGCAGCCGACGCCGCUUCCCGUCGUCCAGCACCUCCACAGCUAGAGCUAGCUACGCGUGCGUGCUCAUGCGCAUACCCACCACCACCCCAGUCAUCUGAUUCAGAUUCAGAUUUGGUGGUGGUGGGGGUGUUCUAAGUUGAUCGCCGAGCUGUGAAUCUGUCGCAGCUUUUGAAUUUGUUUGGCUUGUUGGUUGUUCUAUGUGUUCUUGGUUUAUUAUGCUUGCUUUUGUUUUUGGGUUUAGUGGGAGGAGCAAAUGUGUUCCCCUGCACCCAAAUCGAAAGUGGGUUUAAUCUUGUUUGCACAGUUUGGUUCAAUAAGUGGAAUAAUGCCUAGCAUGCAUUAAUGCUUUGGGUAAUUUGAGAUUCA